CAUCAUCUUAUGGUGAAGAACUGAUUCCUGGCGACAAAAAGAUGUAGUUCGCCGAGACUCUGCGGGACCGCAAUAAAUAUUUCACAAGGACACAUGGCUAAUAUGGGAUAAUCCAGAAAACUUUGUUGUUGGCUUAAAUUUCACCUUUGCAGCAACAAUGGGGAGAUCAAAACGGAAGCCGACUGUUGUUCGCAAAGUUGUAAAAGAGGAUGAAGAAGAGGAAACAGAUGAAGAGUCUGACCCCAGGUCUUCUCGUCAGCGACCUCAGCAAACGCAGCAAAGCGAGAACGAGAGUUGUGUGUCAGAAGAUCUGGAUUUGCCAGAAGGAACUGUUAUUGUUAAGCCAGAGCCUGUCAAGGACAAGAAAAGUGAAAAAUUUAAAGGACCUGAAUUCAAAACCUCAAAGAAAAUCUCAGAUGAUUACCUGGCUAUUGUUACCUGUACAGCUUGUGCCCAACAAAUCAACACUGGGAAUCCUGGGGCAGCCCGAUGCCAUCCUGUGUUACAGGUCCUUGUGUGUAAGCGAUGUUACAAGUACUACAAAAGUGGUGAAUUCAGCCAGGAUUCCAAUGGUAUUGAUGAACAGUGUCGGUGGUGUGGGGAGGGGGGGAAUCUCAUUUGCUGUGACUUCUGCUCAAAUGCUUUCUGCAAGGGAUGCAUUAAGCGGAACUUGGGGCGAUCUGAACUUUCACAAAUAAUAGAUUCAGGGGAAGAUGAACAAUGGCAUUGCUAUGUUUGCAACCCAAGACCACUGUCUAGGAUUAUUGAAGACUGCAAACAUGUAUUUGACACAAUUGAAAAGGAGAAGAAACGAGCAGAGGCUCAGGAGAAGAGAGAGAAAGGUAAAGUUAGCUCUAAAAAAGCAGAUGCACCAAGCAGGUCAGUAACUGCGGAACUGUUUAGUGAUUUGGCUGAAAAGUUUGUGGUGAACACAGAAAAUAUUAAUGACAUCGUAGACGAUCUCUCCAUAGCUACUAAGAACUUGUCUUCGCUUUUACGGACGGUCAAGUCCAGCAUCAUUGCUGCGGAGGAAGUGCAGAAUCGGGAUAUUAAUGAGGGACAUUCUUCUAGGAGAGAGACCAAAGAUGACCUGAUGUUGAGGAUUGCUAAGACUAGUUGUGUCGAAAUGCUGAAUAAAGGAGUCAGUAAAUUCAUGAAAUCUGUAGACAAGUGUAAGCAAUCUAACCAAAAAUCUAGCCCGUCUUUGUCACCCAGAAGUCGGCGUCUCUCAAGUAAGAAAGUUACUCUAUCUAACAAAUUCAAGGAUUUGAAAGCAUCCAUUAAGAAAAAAACUGCUAAGGAGGCCGAGGCAGAAGUAAUAAGUGUGUCAGAUUCCAGUGGAGAAGAGUUCCAACUUGGUGAUACUAGCAGUAGUAGUAAGAAGGCUCGCAGAAAACUUAAAUACGAGGAGAUGAGGCCUAGUUCAAACAAGAAACUGUCACGGUCAGAAAGUUUUGAGGAAACGUCGGACACAGAGGCUUAUGUGCGAGACAAGUCAACUAAAGGUCAUGGGAAAAGGUCAUCGUCAGGGAGUGAGGGAGAAGUAGUGCUUGAAACAAAAAACUCAUUGCGAGAGAGUUCCUCCAAGACUCGCAAAAAGAAAUCAUCUUCUGUCAGUGAAGGCGAGGAUGUUCCUGAAGUACGAAAAAGCCAAGAUGAAAAUUCCAAAGGACGGAGGAAAACGUCAUCCUCGAAAGAUGAAGAGAAAGUAUUGUCUGAAGACAAGGCCGCCAAGAGUAACACAAAAUCUUCAAAGAAGCCGUAUUUCUCUGUAUCAAAUCAGCGUGAGACAAUGGAUGUGGAUAAUGGAGAGAAAAAUGAAAAGAACAAUGUGGAAGAAGGCUCCAGUGGUACAAAAAAAACGGGUCUGAGUAAUAACAUGUCUGGUUUGCCAGAAAGCAUGGAAGUGGAAGCAAUUGGAAGUGGUGACAAGCUCGUGGAAGAUGAGGAUGUUAUAAAUGAUAAUGAGGUGAACUGUAGUGUUGAUGCCCUAGGUGAUGAGCAGAAUGUUCAGGUGACUUCGUCCAAACAAGAUACGGCCGAUGAGCUUGGAGAUGAAGAGAUGGAAACAGGUGGGGAGGGGCUUCAUGGAACACCGCGUAAAGCACGCAAAACUUCCAAUGAUGGAAGUAAGCUGCUGAGCCCGAAAUCAGAGAACAUGAUGGCCCAUCUAAAAUUGUUGAAGGAAAUGGCAGAUGGGAUAAGCAAUGGGGAAGGUGAUGAUGGCGAGGACGAUGAUGAUAGUGACGAGGAUGACGACAGCGAUGUGUCCUCACCAAGAAUGAAACGGUGCAAGUCCUCCAAAUUGAAGAAGAGUGCAGACGAUAAAAAGGAUGGGAAAUUGUUACUCAAGAAAAAGGGAGGGAAAACAGAAUCUACUAAUACUGACAGUGAAAACAGUGAUGGAAGCACAAAAAACAAAGAUUCCGAAUCAAAACGAAAGGGAGAGGAUUCAAGUUCUGCAGAGGAUGAAGGCAAAGCAUCAGCACAGAGGAGAAAUAAACGCACAUUCAGUGACAAUUCAGGUAAAACUGGAGCAGUGUCACCCAAAGGAAAAAAAUCUAGUCAUGCUUCCAGAAGAAAUAGUGGCCAAAAAGUAGCACGUGUGGAAGACAGCUCCGAGUCUGACAUGGAGUCCAUUGGGAAGAGGAAAUCUCGUAAAGAGAAGAAACACAAGUCAGGUUCGGAGGAGGAUUCUGAGGAUGACUUCACGAAGGCUACGAAAGCUAUUGACAAGCUCUGUGAAAUGCCGUCUGAAAACAAGCAAAGGAGGGGUAAAAAGGGAGGAGAUGGUAGUGAUCGGGAGCAGUCUGGGGCUGAGGAAGAAACAAAGGACACAUCCAAGGAGGAGAAAGAUACCAAGAAAGAUAAAACAGUUAAAGAGAAAAAGAAGAGGUCCUCAAAGGGAGGUAAUACCUCUGAGUCCAGUUUAAGCUCGAGUGGAGAAAGUCCUGAUAGUGAUGAUGAGGCAGAAAAGGAUGAUGACGAAGAGGUAUCCUUCAAACUUAAGCCCAAAAAUGAGAGGAAAGACGUUGAUGACUCACCAGAGGGAGAGAAUAAGAAUGCAAAGAAGUCGUUAUUGGCCGAGUUAGAGGGCCCACCCACCAGCGACUCUUCGGACUCUGAAGAUUCCAGUGACGAUUGCCCACAACCAAGGAAGACGAAGAAGAAAAAGGCAGAAAAGUCCACAAAUGACGAAGAAGGCUCUUCAGGAGUAAAAUCUGAAAAAAAGCUGAUUAAGUCUGAAUUAUCUGACUCAUCAUCGGACUCAGACUCAGAUUUUGUGGCUGUGAAGAAAACAAAGAAACGGACUAAAAAUAGCUUACUUGGUGCUAAGCUUUCUGACAGUGAUUCUGACUUCAUGCCAACGAAACGAAAAUGUGAUACCAAUGGCAAGGAAAAUGGAAAAGGGAGAAAGAGGAAAGCUUCAGGUGACUCGAAUGGAAGUGACGAAAACUCCUCCCUGUUCCAUGACAGUGAUGUCAGUAUAGACUCUGCAGAAGAGAAACGCGCAAAGCGGCGUUCCUACCAGGCCAAGCGGAAGAGACGACGAAUCAAGAUGCAAGAGGACUCCGACAACCAGACCCAGGAUUCAGGCUCUGACCAGUCAGGAUCGGAUAAAUCGGAUGAUGGACAGGAGAGAACCCCAGGGGGAAAGCGGAAAAAGAUCCGUCGUAUUCUGACCAAGAAGAAGUUGAUGGAUGAGACGAAAGCAGCUGCCAAAGCUGAGGAAGACCGGAGGAAAAGGGUGGCAGAGAGACAGAAAAAGUAUAACAACCACAUCAUCCAAGAGGAGGAUGACAGCUCUCCCAACAAGUGCCCUGUCACCACCAAACUGGUGCUAGAGACAAAGCAGGACAGCGAGGAACCCCUACUGGAAGUGAACAAGAAACUUGUGCGCAAGCUCAAGCCUCACCAAGUGGAAGCUGUGCAGUUCAUGUGGGAAUGUUGUUGUGAGACGGUGUCACGCUUAAGAAAGGAAGAAGGUGCUGGCUGUAUUCUGGCACAUUGUAUGGGCCUGGGGAAGACCCUGUCUGUUGUGGCGUUUGUGCACACCAUGCUGUCCAAUGUGAAGAUAACCAAGUUAAGGACAUGUCUGGUGGUAUGCCCACUCAACACGGUCCCUUAUUGGCAGAGAGAGUGCAUGUGGUUGGACAAGAAAGAUCGUCUUGAGGUAUUUGAGAUGUCAAGUGUGAAGGAUAACUGGAAACGUGCCGACACAUUGACAGAUUGGCAGGAGUGUGGAGGGAUUCUCAUCAUAGGCUAUGAGAUGUACCGGAAUCUCACACAUACUAACAGUCGCAUCAAGAGUAAAAAACUUAAGAAGAUAUUUGAGGAUACCUUGGUGAACCCUGGACCUGACCUAGUGGUGUGCGAUGAGGGCCACAUCCUGAAGAAUGAUGCCAGUGGUAUGUCAAAGGCCAUGACUCGUGUGAGGACCCUCAGGAGAAUCGUCCUGACUGGCACACCUCUACAGAAUAACCUCUCUGAGUAUCAUUGCAUGGUGAACUUCGUGAAGCCAAAUCUCUUGGGUACACGAAAGGAGUUCCAGAACAGAUUUGUCAACCCGAUAACAAAUGGUCAGUGCGCUGACUCCACGCCCUUCGAUGUUAAGCUGAUGAAGCGUCGAGCCCACAUUCUACAUGACCUGCUGGCUGGGUGUGUCCAGAGACGUGACUACUCAGCCCUGACCAAGUUCCUUCCCCCUAAGUUUGAGUAUGUCAUUGCUGUUCGCCUCAGCAAGGUCCAGAUCGAUCUGUACAGGAACUACCUUUCUAUGAAAGGUCUGAUGGCUGGAGACGGUUGGACAGUCAUUACGAAAGGGGCUAAGCUCUUCUCCGACUACCAGGCUCUAAUGAAGAUAUGGACUCACCCAUGGAUUUUGAAGCUAGAUGAAAUCAGAACACAAAACAAGGCGUCUGCCUAUGUUGAUGAGAGUGAUGGCUCUCUUGAAUCAUCCUUCAUUAACGAUGAUAGUGAACCAGAAAGUGAUGCGUCAGAUAGCGAGUCCCCAGUUGGCACCUCAGAUGUCUGCUCAGAUUCUGAUGAUGACAAGAAGAAGAAAAAGAAGAAAAAUGGAUCAGACGACUCCAGUGAUGAGAAAGGCAAGAAGAAGGGUGAAGUUGUGAAAGGGUGGAAGACAAGAUCACGAGGGGGAGGCGAUGAUUCCAGUACCAGCCUGAAGGAAGAGCCAAUAAAGAAGGCUGCUCCUAAAGAGUCGGAGUGGUGGUGGGAGCACGUCCCCGAUGAGUCAGAACAUGCUGUGGAGCUCAGCGGCAAACUUGUGCUUCUGCUCGAUAUACUCAAGAUGUGUGAAGAAAUAGGAGACAAGGUAUUGGUGUUCAGUCAGAGUUUGCUCUCAUUGGACUUGAUUGAGAACUUUCUCCAGUAUGUGGAUGAACAGAGUCAGGAAGCAGCCCACAACAAAGCCUCAGCUGAAGAGAAUGCUGAGAAGAAUGAAAAGGAGAAAAAAGAAGAGGAUAAAGAGAAGGACAAAAAAGAGGAGAAGGAGGACAAGGACAAAAAAGAGGAGAAUGAAAAGGAGAAUAACAAAAAACAGGAGGCUAAACUAGAGAGCAAAGAGGAGGGUGAAGAGAAGGGCAAAACUGUAGAGACUGAAGAGAAAGACAAAAUUGAAGAGGAUAAAGAGGACAAAAAGGAGAAUAUAGUAGAGGAUAAAGAGAAAAACAAUGAUGAGAAUGAAGGGACAGAUGGAGAUAAAAAGGAAAUGAAGGAUGGAGAGGAAGGGGAAUCAAAGGAGAAAGACAGUAUCCUAGGGCAUAUAAGUGAGUUGUUUAAGUUUGGGGUGAGCUGGACUUGUGGCGAGGAUUACUUCCGUAUGGAUGGAAGCACAGCCCCUCAUUUGCGCAAAAACUACGCAGAUAUCUUCAACGACCCUGAGAACUUCAGAGCCCGCCUGUUUCUGAUCUCCACCAAAGCAGGCUCUCUGGGCACCAAUCUGGUGGCUGCUAAUCGAGUCAUCGUGUUUGAUGCCUCCUGGAAUCCCUCUCAUGACAUACAGUCCAUCUUCAGAGUGUACAGAUUUGGCCAGACUAAGCCCGUCUACGUCUACAGGUUCCUGGCUCAGGGUACGAUGGAGGAGAAGAUUUACGAGAGGCAGGUCACCAAGCAGAGUCUGUCUCAACGUGUGGUAGAUGAACAUCAGAUAGAGAGGCACUUCAAUGCUAGGGACUUACAGGAACUCUACAACUUCCAGCCUGAUAUAAUAGAUGACCCCAACAGACCAAAGAGACCUACGCCUGUCCUUCCUAAGGAUCACAUGUUAGCGGACCUGCUGCAGAGGAAGAAGCAUUGGAUCGUGUCUUACCACGAGCACGACUCGCUGCUGGAGAACCAGGUCAGUGAGGUGCUGUCCGAGGAGGAGAGGAAGGCAGCAUGGGAAGAGUUUGAGCAGGAGAAGAAGGGCAUCAUCAAUAGAGCACCCCAGAUCACUCAGCAGUUUAUGAUGCAGCAGGCCCAGUAUAUGAACCAUGGCCCAGGGUUGCCACACAUGAUGAGCCAGGCAGCGUAUGGCUCUGUCAAUGUCAGACCCCCUAAUGUCUUGGCCAUUGUCCAUGAAAUGAGGCAAAGGUUCCCGAAUCUGACCCACGAGGCAUUACAGAUGCAAGUCCAAGCUGUGGUCAGACAGCAGAUUGCCCAGCAGAUUCUACAACAGCAGGAACUUCAGCGAAGACAGAUUGAACAGAGGCAGUUCCAGGAGCAGCAGAGACUAAGGCAAAUCCAGGCCCAAAUACAACAACAACAACAGAACAUAGAGACGCACAGAUCUGGGACAGGGACAUACAACAAUAUGACUAGCUUGCUGCGGCCUGGCCUACCACGACAUCCAAACAAUAACUGAGGUGUCUUGAAGCUGUGCCGAGUGUCACACUGGUGUUUCUGUUAACGGACAUUUAUAGUGUCGGAAGCAACCAACGCAUUACUGUCAAAGCCAGCUGGUCACUUACAGUGUCAGAGCCAACUGACACCAACACCUUUAUAGUUCGUGAACUGACUGACACAUUUACAAUGUCAGGACAAACCAACACAUUUAUAGUGCCAAAUCCAGCUGACACUCUUAUUGUGUUGAAGCCAACUGACACAUUUAUAGUGUCUGAGGCAACCGACGCAGUUAUGGUAUCAGAACAAACUUACACAUUUAUCAUGUCAGGGCCAGAGCCAAGUUACUGAACUUUACUCUCAGUAUUGGGUUUGGUCUUCGAGGUAGUGCAGACUGAAAGUUCAGCUUUAGCUGUAGGUGUGAGGAGACUUAGUUUUAAAAUCCCUCUAGUCAUAUCCCAGGCUCUAGCGGUUGACUAGAGAACUUUGGUUCUCAAAAAAUUUCUUUCUGAACUCAAGGAGUUGAAUCCUGAACUACUUAAGAGUUUACAGACUUCCAAGCACAAUGAACCAUGAAGAGUGUCCGGGUGCUGUAAGUUUCUUAGUAAACAGCGCCCAUCAAAUGAGAACAAAUUAGACGACGGCAGCUUCCAUCUCAUCACAAAUAGUUGAGAUACUGAGAUGAGAUAACGGUCAGGAUAGUAGCCUUUAUUAGGAAGGGACUGGUGCAAAUGUAUGACACGUGAUCCAUUGCACAUCACCACAUUUGAGACUAGCAUUUCAUUUGCUGUUUUCUGUUGUUAAAUCUUUAUCACGCCUUAGCUCCUUGAAACUUUUUGUCUGGAGCAAAGAGUGGAAAAAUGACAAGACUCUCUUCACCUUUGUGCACGCCUCAUGGGUUCUGUAAGACAUAUACGAGAGUGUUUACAGUUGAGAGAACCGAGCCAUGGAAGGAAUAUUUGAGUUGCAUAUUUCCCAGAUGAGUCGCUACAAGUGUGCAAAAGGUCCAGUGGCGAGACACUUCGACUGCAUGCCAGUUUAAGCUUCCCCUAGGGUGUAAUCAGCAGGGAACCUUUCCUCCUAGAGUAAUUUGGGCCUGUGUAAUGCUGUGGGGCUGUUGCUCACUCCUACCUUUUGAUCAGGAUGGCAUUGUGUGGCACACAAGUAAUACAAUACUUAUUCAGUGCAAGAGAACAAGGGUCAGCUCUGCCCAGAGAAGCAAAGAUACUCUGUUUAAGAAAUGAUUUCAAUCCAUGGAUUUGAAACCCUUGCAUAAUGAUGUAGUGUUUGUACUCAUCAGAAAGCCACAACCUACAUGUCGCACUAUUUGAAUAAGGAGAAUGACUUUUCC